AUGAGUCCCCGCAAGAAGGCCAAGCCCAACCCCGAGGCACCCACAGAUGGCAAAGCCGAGGCAUCGACGACAGAGGCCUCGGCAAAAACAAAAGGCACGUCCACGCCUGCGACGACAGGCACGCAAACACCAAAGAGCGCGCGUAAAUGGCUGGGUGGCACGGGCAGCUGGCGGUCCAAGGCACCAGCAGUGGUCAAGACAGCACAGGAGACGAUUGGUAUCAGCGUCAGCGGUGGAGCGACUUCUGAGCUGCCCAAGGAAGCGGCAAAGCAGCCCAGCAGCGAUUCUCCAGCGCGGUUCCUGACCAAGCGCAAGUCGAGCAAGAGCUUCGCCCUGCCGACGUCGACGACCAAGAUCACCGUCUCCUCAGAUGGUUCCGUGGAAGAGGCCGAGGUAGCUGCCGCCAAGAAGGACGACGACACGCCUGCGCCGGAGACAGCACCCAGCGGAGACGAGGCACCGUUACCGCCUGAGCCUGCACAGACAGAGCAAGUCGCGAACACGUGGGGAUGGACAAGUUGGUGGUCGCGGCCUGAUGGGUACACAGAUGCUGCAAAAGCGAAGACAGCGAGCGUCGAAGAGGCCUCGAGCACGCCACUGCCAGGGCCGACACCCUCGGAAGAGCCAGAUGCAGUGGCGAAGGGGCUGGACGGCGCGCUGGCCAACGACAAGAUAACAGAUGGCGACAAGAAGGUUGACGUACUUGCUGAAUCAGCACCUGUUGACGCCAUGGAGACAAAAGACGCAUCAGCGACAGCCGGCAAAGCGACAUUGCGAAACACAGCGAGUGGUUCAUGGUUCUGGCUGUGGAGCACUCAGCAGAACGUUCAAGCUAACUCGCCUGAGCCCCAACAGGCUGCCAAGGACUUCUUCACACCAAACACGUACUCGGAUCAGACGACAGAGCUAGCGCCAACAGACGUAGCAGGACCACCACAAGAAGCACCGCAAGAAGCACUGCCGACAGAGUCGACAGAGCCGACAGAACCUGCAAAGCCCGCCGAUGCAUUGGCUGAGGCUCCACAGGAACCACCAAAAACACAGCCAAAGGCGUCAGGCUGGGCGUUCUGGUAUCGAGAGCCAACAGAUAGCAAGCCCGCAGAAGGUGAGGCCCAGAAGCAUGUUGGCGAGGUCGCAGUUUUCGACACCCCGUCGCAGUCUCAUCCUGAGGCAGCUCAGUUCAACGAGCAGGAGCAGUCAAAGUCAGACACGCUAGAGGCAGUGAAGGAGUCGCCGAAGCCGAAAGAGUCGAUAGUCAAGAAGUCGUUGGGCUCUCUGCGAGGGCGAGCCAGGAAGAAGGCCACAUUGAAAGAUGUCUCAAGUGAGACACCAGCGGAUACCCCAGCCUCGAGUGCGCCAGCCACACCCACCAGGUCCUCCCCCGAGCGCGGGCCAACACGCACCACCCAGGCCGCUCCCACCGCACAGCCAGCGCCAAAGCAGGCAGACAAGGCUAAACAAGAACCGCCAAACCUCAUCCUCCCCGAAUUCAACUCCACCUACCGCCUCGCCCGCCAACCUACCUUUUGGAAACAAGUGCGCCAAUACUUCCUCGGCGCCGAACCCCUCGCACCACACCUGCACAUCAACCCGGCGCCGCCGCGGAUCAAAAAAGCCGUCGCAAUCGGUGUCCAUGGCUUCUUUCCCGCGCCCAUCUUCCAACGCAUCAUGGGCCAGCCGACUGGAACGUCGAUACGGUUCGCCAACGCUGCGGCAGCGGCCAUCAAAGAGUGGUCUGAAGCACGUGGAUACUGUCCGGAGAUCGAGCAGGUCGCGCUCGAGGGCGAGGGCUUCAUUGCCGAGCGCGUGAACACCCUGUGGAAGCUGCUGUUGAACUGGAUCGACCACAUCAAAUCCGCAGACUUCGUUCUCGUCGCCUGCCACAGCCAGGGCGUGCCGGUCGCAAUGAUGCUCGUGGCCAAGUUGAUCCAGUUCGGAUGCAUUGGAAAAGACGUGCGGGUGGGAGUCUGCGCCAUGGCGGGAGUAAACAUGGGCCCUUUCAUCGAGUACAAAACCAAAUACUUCGGCCCCACCGCCGCGGAGCUGUUCGAGUUCAGCAACCCGCAGAGUUUGGUCAGUCAGAUGUAUCUCGCCGCGCUCGACGAGGUCUUGCGCUUCGGUGUAAGGAUCAUGUACGUCGGGAGCAUCGACGACCAGCUCGUGAGUCUCGAGUCAAGCACAUUCUCCACCCUCUCACACCCCUACAUCUACCGCGCCGUCUUCGUAGACGGCCGCAUCCAUGCCCCCGACUUUCUCACCCACCUCGUCGGCUUCACACUCAAACUGCGCAACCUGGGCCUUCCGGACCACGGCCUGAUUCGCGAACUCUCGCCUGCGCUUGCGGGGAGCUUGUACGGCGGCGAGGGACAUAGCAGGGUGUAUGAAGAUGCCCGCGUCUACAGUCUCGCUGUGAGCCAUGCGCUUGAGACGACAUCCCUACCUGUCCAGGGCAGGGAGAGACCGAGCAGCAGCGGAAGUUUCGCGGGGAUCAACAUCCCCGUUGUUGGUGAGGCCAUGGCGAAGGGUGCGCUGGGCAAGGAGGACGUGCUCAAGUUGAAGGUCAAGGACUACGCGACGCCUGCGACGGCGGCGAGUCAGAAUCCGUACUUCCUUCCCUGGGCUAUGCGCGGGCUUCUUGAGGAGGACUUUGUGAAGAAAGAGCUUGGCGAGGAAGUCGAGGAGUUGCUUGCCAUGUUCGAGGAGUGGAGACCGGUUGCUAAGCAGUUGAAGGAGGUCAAGUUUAGAUUGGAGGCUGUGCGGAGUAAGCUCUGA